AAAUUGAAGUAACUCCUGGGGACGAGGCUGAAUCAUGUCAACAUGGCGGCAAGCUAGCUGCAGACGGCGUAAGCGUUUCUGCGUUUGGUCAUCCGUCUUCUUUGACUUGUGUGGUCGUUUUGAUUACAGCCAACAGAGCAUCAUGGCUACAUUUGACAAACCUGGCUGUUAAACAUAGAGGAUUACAUCUAUUGUGACAUCACCCUGCCCUGGUCACCAGACAUCAGGUAGGACUCAUCCUACUGGCCAAGAGCAAAUUGAUCAGAUGCUUCAGUCCAAGCCAGCAGUGGUCACGAUGCCGAUAGCAUCAGGGUCAUCACCAAUUGAUCCAGCCACUAUCAUCAACAAGUAUCGCACCAAUGUCUCUAUAUUGGCAGACACUAGGACAGUUGAUGACAACAGAUUGAAAGCAGCUCAAGAGAUAAGUGAAAACUUUGAGGUCAUCCUGUCAUCAUCUCAGAAUGGAGCUUUCUUGGAGUUUGCAAUCCCACUCUUCCUGAGAGUGCUUAAGGAGGAGAAACCAUACUUCAUAGCAGAAAAAGCUCAACAGCAUUUGCGCAAGUUAUUAUUGGAGCUUCUUCAUCGUGUGCCUACCAAUGAGACUCUACGGCCAUACGUUCCAGCAAUCCUUGAACUAAUGUUCUCCUUGCUGGAACGGGAGAAUGAGGAGAAUGUCCUAGUAGCUCUUCGUAUUAUCAUUGAAUUACACAAGCAUUACAGACCAGCGCUACAACCAGAGAUUCAUAACUUCCUGCAGUUUGUGAAGAACAAGUACAAGGAAAUCCCAACGAACCUGAAGAGUCUAGAUCCUGGCAGCAGUGUGUCACCACCAGAUCCACUCAACAUCCUACCAUUUGUUGACAGGCCUGGCUUUGCAUGCCAGACUAUUAUCACAGUCAGCCAGCCAGAUGGAACCAAAAGUCAGCAAACUAUUCUUCCUAAAGGCAUCAACUCAUUGAAGGUCCUUGCUGAGUAUCCCUUCAUUGUUCUACUGAUGUAUCAACUGUACAAGCAGAGUGUUCACACAGUGGUGGCUGAUUUUAUUCCACUCAUCAUGAACACUAUCACCAUCCAGCCAAACGCCCAGGCCAGACUGUCUCCGACAUUCAACAAAGAGAUGUAUGUUGACUUCAUUGCAGCUCAGAUCAAGACACUGUCUUUCCUUGCCUACAUCCUGAGAAUAUACCAGGAGAUAGUCAACUCAUAUGCCCCCCAGCUAGUCAAGGGAAUGCUGGGGCUUUUCACCAACUGUCCGAGUGAGGUUGCACAUCUGAGGAAAGAGCUGUUGAUUGCAGCCAGACACAUUCUGGCUACAGAUCUGAGAAAUAAGUUUGUGCCAACAAUUGACAAGCUGUUUGAUGAGGCUAUCUUAGUAGGAAGUGGCACGACCAGUAAAGAAUCUCUCAGACCUUUAGCCUACAGCACAUUAGCUGAUUCUGUUCAUCACUUGCGGCAACACUUACCUCUUCAACACCUGUCCAUGGCUGUUCAUCUCUUCUCCAAAAAUGUACAUGAUGAUUCUCUACCAUGUAACAUCCAAACUGUGUCCUGCAAGUUACUGCUCAACCUGGUAGAGUGUAUACGACAGAAGAGUGAGCAAGAUGGGGCCAAUGCCAGGGAGAUAUUGAUGCAUAUGCUACAAGUAUUUGUUUUGAAAUUCAAAACCAUCUCGGAGAACCAACUGCCGCUUAUAUUCCAAAAAUGUCGGCAGCCCCAAGACACAAGUCAAGACAAGUCAAGUUCCUCACAGUCCCAUCCGAUAAGUUCUUUCGGUUCCAAGCCACCACCUCUUACUCUCAUCAUCCCUGCAGCUCCCCCGACGCCUAGCACCCCUGCACCAUCUACCCCAGGCCUCCUCCCCCCACCACCCACUCCAUCGGUACCCCCUACUCCCACUGUCCCAUCCACACCUGCCAUCCCAAGCACCCCAGGACCAGGAAUGCUACCUCUCAGUUCUCUGUUUCCUGAUAAAGACAAAGAUGAUUCCAAAGCCAAGACGUAUGUACCAUCCAGCUUCUCACAGUACAGUAACUACUCAGUCACAGACUGUAGGAAUCUGGUCAAGACUGUCGUGUGUGGUGUCAAGACAAUCACAUGGGGAGUCAGUGCUUGUAAGAUAUCAACUGAUGUACAAACAUUUGGACAGAACAAGCAAUUCCAGCCCAAGGAGACAGCAGUUUUUGUUGACCUUGUCAAGUAUGCUAUGAAAGCACUAGACAUCUACCAGAUCCAAGUAGCUUCUAAUGGCCAGACAACCAUUAGACCACCAGCAAUGCAAGGUGUACGCAUCAAGGAUGAGAAGGAAGUACUGGAACAUUUUGCUGGAGUGUUUACCAUGAUGCAUCAGCUAACGUUCAGAGAGAUCUUCCAAACAACCAUUGACUUCUUUGUGGAUAGGAUCUAUCACAACUAUGCACUACAGAUCAUCGCUAACUCCUUCCUGGCCAAUCCAGCCACGUCCGCCACAUUUGCUACCAUCUUAGUGGAGUAUUUGCUUCAGCGAAUGCACGAAAUGGGAACCAACAUGGACCGAUCCAACCUGUAUCUGAAGCUCUUCAAACUAGUCUUUGGAUCUGUCUCAUUGUUUGCAGCUGAGAAUGAACAAAUGCUGAAGCCACACUUGCACAAGAUUGUCAACCGUUCAAUGGAACUGGCAACAACAGCCAAAGAGCCAUAUAACUACUUCCUUCUCUUGAGGGCGCUGUUCCGAUCCAUUGGUGGAGGCAGCCAUGAUCUGUUGUACCAGGAGUUUCUUCCAUUGUUGCCUGAUCUUCUACAGGGUUUAAACCAGCUACAGAGUGGUUUACACAAGCAGCAUAUGAAGGAUCUGUUUGUUGAGUUAUGUCUGACUGUUCCAGUACGGUUGAGCUCGCUUCUACCUUACCUACCCAUGUUGAUGGAUCCACUGGUCUCUGCAUUGAAUGGAUCACAGACUCUAGUUAGUCAGGGUCUACGAACAUUGGAGUUGUGUGUUGACAACCUGCAGCCUGAUUUCCUGUAUGAACAUAUCCAGCCAGUCAGAGCAGAACUCAUGCAGGCCUUAUGGCGCACACUGCGCAAUCGCAAUGAUAACAUCGCCCAUGUUGCCUUCCGUGUGCUGGGCAAGUUUGGUGGAGGAAAUCGCAAAAUGCUGAAGGAACCACAAAGGCUGACAUACAAGGAUGAGGAUUCUGAAGGUCCAUGUGUGACUGUAUACUUCCCAGACCACAAAACACAUUUACAGCUACCAGUCUGUAAGGUGGUAGAGACAGCUUUGAACAAACUGAAAUCUCCAAGUACAGAGCCGUACUACCGUCGCCAGGCUUUUGAAGUUGUACGUCAUUUCAUCAUCAGUAUGAUGAAUUUGGACGACAAUAAACAGGCUGUACAUCAGUUACUGACACAUUCCAGCAUGACAACUGGUGACAUUCCGCGCACAUCAAGUGGCCAGGUGUACAAGUGUCCCAACACACUGGCUAGGACAGCUUUUCAGCAUGCACUUACAGCAAUGAUCGUUUCAGCAGCCAUCAAAGACCUUCGGAGUGACUCCCUUUCCUUCAUGCUGAGCAUUGUCAGGCAUUUCACUCUGAUAGCUGUAGUCCAACAAGCAGGUCCACUUCCUGUAUCUAACCAGAAGAACCAGACAGCAAUGGAUCCAUUGGUGUUAAUGGAUGCCAUAGCGUCUUGUAUGGCGUAUGAGGAGAAGGAAUUAUGCAAGACUGGCCAUCUGGCUAUGUCAUUUGUUGUUGAGACUGCUGCUGUUGUCAUGGGCUCCAAAUAUAGGGCAUGUCAGUUGCCUUUGUUUGAGCACAUGGCUGAACGUAUGUGUGGAUGUUGCUAUGAGAGGGCCUGGUAUGCCAAGCUGGGUGGCUGUAUUGCAAUCAAAUUCAUGAUGGAACGCAUGGAUCUGUGCUGGAUACAAGGCCAUCUCUAUCAAUUCCUCAAAGCUCUCUUCUUUGUCAUGAUGGAUCUUACUGGAGAGGUAUCGAGUGGUGCUCUGGACAUGGCCAAAACUAACUUGGAGACUCUACUGAAACUGUGUGCUUCUCCAUUGGAGGGAGAGAAUGCAGAGAAUGCCAAACUCAGUGUAGCACAGCAGAAAGCGUUCCAUGAUGUCACACGACAGUUAGUCAUAGAAGUCACAUCACCUAAUGAGACUGUUAGGCACCAGGCUAUGGAUUCCUUACGAUCUCUGGCUGAGAUUACUGGCAAGAAGGUGACUGACAUAAUGGAACCACAUCGUGAAGUACUAGCAGACAUGAUCCCACCCAAGAAACAUCUACUGCGUCAUCAACCAGCCAAUGCACAACGAGGCUUGAUGGAGAGUAAUACCUUCUGUACAACACUAGAACCAAGGCUGUUCACUAUGGAUCUGAACAUUGCAGAGCACAAAGUCUUCUAUAUGGAGUUGGUUAACCUGUGUGAAGUAGAGGAUGCAAUGCUUACCAAGCUACCGUGCUACAAGAAUGUACCCUCACUAGUGCCACUACGCAUCAGUGCCCUGAAUGCCCUGGCUGCCUGUCAUUACAUUCCUCAUGUACGGGAUAAGAUCUUCAAGUUACUCUACAUUUUCCUGACGUCCAAAGUCCCUGAGCUUCUGAAGGCAGGCGCUGAAUGUAUGAAGAAGUUCAUAGCUGGCCAUGCUGUAGAUAUGGAGCUAGUACAUACCACCAUACGACCGUUACUUCUCAAGCUAGGGGACCAUCGAUCACUCAAUCUCAAUGCUAUCCAGAGACUACAUAAUCUGACACAGCUCUUCCCCAAUGCUUUCAAUGAAAAGCUCUGUGAACAGAUGCUGACACACUUGAAGAAAUGGAUGGAAGUAUCGAUUGCUGCACAGCGUAGUAAUACCAGUGUACAGACUAAGGCUACAGAGAGUAUUAAGAUAUGUUCAGCAAUCAUCAAUAUCUUCCAUGCUAUACCAGCAGCCUCAGCUAAGCUACUAGAUGCACUGGUUACAUUGACUAUCAAGGCAGAAAAUGCACUAUGCAUUGAGGUUGGGAGUCCGUUUCGUGAACCACUGAUGUUGUAUCUGCUGAGGUAUCCUAGCCAGACUAUUGACUUCUUUCUGACUGAGACCAAUCUACGUAAUUCACAGUUCAGUAGUCUGCUAGCUUAUCUGUUGAAGCAAGACGAGGCCAAGCCAUUGAGAGAUGUACUACAGACUAACACCAUCAAACUCAUCAAUCUAGCCUUCAACAAACCUCAGCCGACUGCAAGACCUACCAGUCCAAAUAGUCAAGCCAAGUUGGAACUUCAGUACCAGACUAUCUUGAUUUGCAGCAUUUUGGUCAAGCACGAUCCCGCAUGGCUACCUCAGAAAUCAGUCCUGUUUGGCCAUCUACGUCGUAUCUGGAUCUCUGAUGCCUUCCAGGAUCAGCACCAUACAGACAAUGUGGGUGUUGCUCAUUGGAAUGAACCUAAGAUGAUAGUGGAGUGUCUUCUCAACUAUGCUGAACAUCAUCCCAGCAAUGUUGAGCUCCUGUUUCAGCUACUUCGAGUCUUCACCAAUCGAUAUCUGCCUAACUUUCAGUUUCUGAGAGACUAUCUUGAAGAGACGGUUGCUCAGGGAUACAGUGUGGAGCAGAAACGCCACGUAUUCUUCAAGUUUGUUGAACUCUUUCAUGAGAAGACCUUCCCGCAAGAGUUGAAGGCUAAAGCAUUGCAGUUUGUCAUCAUACCAAUGUUUGCUGCUUCCUUUGAUAAGGGAGAAGGAGAAAAGUUGAUAGGUGGACCACCUAACCCAGGCCAGGAUAGUCCAGAUAACCUCGUUAGUGUCUUCAUCAGUAAGGUCAUUGACCCUGAGAAUCCCUACCGGACAUCGGACUCAGUGCGCAUCCUGCUGCUACAGUUUGCUGCUCUCUUGGUAGAGAAAGCUGCACCACACAUACAUGAUGCUGCUGACAAGAAGCAAGGUACCAAGUUACGUCGUCUGAUGACGUUUGCUUGGCCCUGUCUGAUACAGAAGAACUGUGUAGAUCCAACCACUAAGUAUCAUGGUCAUCUCUUGCUAUCUCACAACAUCGCCAAGUUUGCCAUUCACAAAAGGAUUGUGCUUCAGGUAUUUCACAGCUUGUUGAAAGCUCAUGCUGUGGAAGCACGUGUUGUGGUGCGCCAAGCAUUAGACAUUCUAACCCCAGUAUUACCGCAUCGUAUGGAAGAUGGUUACGCAAUGCUGACCCACUGGACUAAAAAGAUCAUAGUAGAGGAGGGAUAUACAGUCUUCCAGCUUGUACACAUGUUAACACUACUUGUUCGUCACCACAAAGUGUAUUACCCAGUUCGACAUCACCUGAUUCAGACCAUGGUGUAUUCCAUCCAGCGCUUGGGCAGUACACCCAACACUACCCUCGAACACAGAAAGCUGGUGGUUGACUUAGUGGAAGUCAUUAUCAAAUGGGAAGUCCAACGCAUCAAAGAGGAUGAUACUAACUCAGAGUAUCCAGCCGCUCCAUUGGAUGAAACUGCUGUCACUACACCAGGUGGAAUCAAGAGACCUGCUUCCGGUGAACAUGUGCCUGAUGCUAAGAGGGUACGCCAUUCCUCAGGCACUAGUGUUCGCAGUAUAUCUUCUGAGGCUAGCAAGCCCAUUGAUAAGAUAUAUUCCGAUGCAGUGGUCAACUUUCUGUUACGUGUCGCCUGCCAAGUCAAUGACCUAGGUACUACAAGUGCAGGGUCCCCAGGAGAGUUACUAUCACGACGCUGCAUAGCACUGCUGAAGAUAGCACUCAGACCAGAUGUAUGGCCAAGUAGUGAACUCAGACUCAACUUUAUGGACAAACUCUUCUUGUCUGUGGAUCAGCCAGCUCAAGCAAACUAUGGUAACAUUUGUGCUGGGCUGGAUAUGCUCAACUUUCUCCUUGGAGUCAUGACCAAACAAGUGAUACUGACUAGUCUGAAGCCAUUACAGCGGGGCAUAGCAGCAUGUCUGACAUGUGCUAAUACUAAGGUGAUUCGUUCAGUACAUGCUCUACUAGUCAAGCUCAUGAACACCUUCCCUACAGAGUCAAGUACAUCCAAUGUGGCCUCCAAGUAUGAGGAACUGGAGUGCCUGUAUGCAAGUGUUGGCAAAGUUAUCUAUGAAGGACUGACGGCAUAUGAGAAAGCAGCCAGUGGCACCCCUACAACAAGUCUGUUUGGAACUUUGAUGAUUCUCAAGGCAGCGUGUACUAAUAACAUUGCCUACAUUGAUCGCUUGAUCUCUGUGUUCAUGAGAGCUCUACAGAAGAUGACUAGAGAACAUCUAACACCUAGCAGCUCCGAGUCUACAUCAUUGGCAUCAGAACUCCUGAUCAUUAGUUUAGAUCUGGUCAAGAAUCGUAUCGGUGUGAUGAGUACGGAUAUGAGAAGGAAUUUCAUUCAGGUUGUCUUGACACAACUGAUAGAGAAAUCUCCAGAUGCUAAGGUCAUGAAGACAGUGGUGAAAAUGGUGGAGGAAUGGGUCAAAGCUAAGACACCUCUGAUGAUGAACCAAUCACCAUCACCUAGAGAGAAGUCUGUCUUACUCGUCAAGCUCAUGCAGUAUGUAGAGAAGAGAUUCCCUGAUGAUGCAGAUCUCAAUGGUCACUUCUUGGAACUUGUCAACUGGGUGUAUCGGGAUGAGUCACUCAUGGGCAGUGAGUUGACAUCGAAGCUAGAGCCAGCAUUCCUUGCUGGGCUACGAUGCCAACAACCACAAAUACACCAGAAAUUCUUUGAGGUAUUCAAUGGCAGCAUAAAGAGACGAUUGUUUGACAGGCUGUUGUACAUUACAGCAUCACAGAACUGGGAAGCAAUGUCUACUCACUACUGGUUGAAACAGUGUAUACAGUUAAUCAUGGCAGUUAGUGUGAAUGGUAUGUCCAUGAGCUGUACCAAUACACCCCAGCUACCAUCCAUCUCCUCAGUCAUUGGCCUAGCAGAUAGUCAAGACAAGAAGACCUUCUCAUUGGCUGUCACUAUCAAAGAGGAACCUAUGGAUAUUGAUAUGGAAUCUCACAAGGAAGAAGAUAUCGAAAUAGACAUAGAGUUGAGCCAUCCAGAGGGAGUAAGUACAUCAGGAGGAGCAGCUUCAGUUAGCAGCAAGAAGAGCAGUGACUUGAAGCAACAGUUGCAGAUGCUCAUCAGCAAAGACAUCAAGUUCAUUGAGUCAUUGCGAGAUGCUAAGACCUUUAACUUCCUGACGGCACUUUCUCAGCUUUGUCACAGUGACACAGAAAUGACACACCAGCUUUGGGUAGAUCUCUUCCGUCGACUGUGGAAGAUACUGAAUGAGAAACAACAAACACUGUUGGCUCAGGAAUUGAGCCCAUUUCUGUGUAGUGGCAGUCACCUCUAUCAGAAGGAUGGAACUCCUAGUGUUAUCAAUACAUUCGUGGAAGCUAUAUCCUUGUGUGUACCACCUGUUAUGCUUCGGCCGUGUAUACUCAAGUAUCUAGGCAGGAAUCACAAUCUGUGGCAUCGUUCAGCCCUCAUGUUAGAGCAGAGUGCUAUUGAGAGUGGAUUUAGUACUCAGCACAGACCACCGCGUACACUUAAUGUGUAUGACUUCUAUGAACCAGACAAUGCUUCCACUACACAACAGGAAACAUUGGACUCGCUAUCUGAGAUUUAUGAGAGAUUACAAGAGGAAGACAUGUGGGCAGGUCUGUGGCAGAAACGUUGCAAGUUUCCUGAAACUGCUACUGCAAUAGCUUAUGAGCAGCAAGGUUUCUAUGAGCAAGCUCAAUCUGCUUAUGAAGGGGUGAUGUCUAAGGCACGUGCAGAGCAUAAUGCAGGACCUGCAGCACCAGCUGUCUUCUCUGAGUAUCAGCUAUGGGAACAGCAUUGGGUACGUUGCUCACGGGAACUGAGUCAGUGGGAUCUACUGAUGGACUAUGGCAAUGCUAAGGGUCAAACCAAUCCUCAUCUAGUACUGGAGAGUGCUUGGAGAGUGCCUAACUGGAGUGCAAUGAAGGAGGCAUUAGCGCAGGUGGAGCAGAGUUGUCCACGUGAGAUGAAUUGGAAGGUCAACUUGUAUCGAGGUUUCAUAGCAAUCUGCCAUCCUGAUGAGAAGAAUCUAUCCAUGAUUGAGCGUCUUGUUGAGAGUUCUAGCAGUCAAGCUAUCAAAGAAUGGCGUCGUCUGCCUCAUUAUGUGACCCAAGCUCACUCACCACUGCUACAAGCUGCACAACGUAUCAUAGAACUACAUGAAGCAUCUCAAAUCCACCAGGGUCUACUACCAGCCAACCUAGGACGCAAUCAGAGUCUUCAUGAUAUGAAAGCCAUCGUCAAGACAUGGAGGAAUCGACUUCCAAUGGUGUCUGAUGACUUGACUCAUUGGAGUGAUAUCUUUAUGUGGAGGCAGCAUCAUUACCAGGCUAUCGUGAGUGCCUAUGACAACCUGAAUACACAGGACAUGAAGAGCCGCGCUGGCCUUGAAAGUAACCAGACUUCAAGAAGUGCUUUAGCUAAAGAGCAGCAGCAGCACGCUAUGUUGGGAGUCCAUGCUUCUGCACAGUCUAUUAUCAACUAUGGUAAAGUGGCACGUAAGCAUCAUUUGAUUGGACCAGCGCUGGACUCUCUCAGCAGGAUCCACACCAUACCCAGCGUGCCUAUUGUAGACUGUUUUCAGAAGAUCCGACAACAAGUCAAAUGUUACCUACAAAUGGCCAGCACCAUGGGUAAGCAGGAACUACAGGAAGGCUUGGAGGUGAUUGAAUCCACUAAUUUGAAGUUCUUCACUAGAGAGAUGACGGCUGAAUUCUAUGCUCUCAAGGGAAUGUUCCUGGCUCAAGUUGGCAGCCGUUCUGAUGAAGCUAACAAGGCCUUCUCAGCAGCAGUUCAGAUGCAUGACACGCUAGUCAAGGCUUGGGCUCUGUGGGGAGACUAUCUGGAGCAAAUCUACUGCAAAGACAGACAAACGCAGGUUGGAGUGUCUGCCAUUGUGUGCUUCCUGCACGCUUGUCGCCAUCAGAAUGAGACCAAAUCCCGCAAGUAUCUUGCCAAAGUCUUAUGGCUACUGACCUACGACGACGAUAAGAACUCACACCCACUGGCUGAAGCUGUCGACAAAUACUCCGUGGGAGUGCCACCAAUCCAGUGGUUGCCAUGGAUACCUCAGCUGCUGACGUGUCUGGUUGGUUCAGAAGGAGAUCUAAUCAUCAAUGUACUCAUGAAUGUUGGCAGAGUCUAUCCUCAAGCCCUGUACUUCCCAAUCAGAACACUCUACCUGACAUUGAAGAUAGAGCAUCGGGAAAGAUUUAAAAGUGGUGAGUACAUAGGAGGCCUGCGUAGGAACUCCUCCGUAGGCAAGGCAGGAGAAGGCAGUACACAGACCCCUGCAGUAUCUACCACAGCUCAGUCAACGAGUACGACAUCUAUAUCUACUAUCACAUCCACUGCAACAACCUCAACAGAUACCAAUGGAUCCAGUACCAGCACAACUGGUCAUUCCUCCUCCUCCCAGCUAGGAGCAAGCUCCGCCUCCAAUCCUGGUCCUAUCAGAGCCUCUGUACCUAUGGUUAGAUGCAGUCGUAUCAUGCAGGUACAGAGAGAUUUACAUCCGAUACUACUCUCAUCACUGGAAGGCAUUGUUGAUCAGAUGGUUUGGUUUCGAGAGACUUGGAAUGAAGAAGUUUUGAGACAGUUGCGACUAGCACUAGCUAAAUGCCAGGCUGUUGCCUUUGAGAACAGAGGAGCAGUUGUUGAGGCUAAGGUUACUCCACACACUCUCAGCUUCAUCAAGAAACUUGUGACUACCUUUGGUGUAGGCAUUGAGAAUGUCAGCAGUGUAGCUACCACAUUCUCCAGUGCAGCAUCAGAGUCUCUUGCCAAGCGUGUACAAGCCACCACACAGGAUCCGGUCUUCCAGAAGUUAAAACCACAGUUCACAACAGACUUUGACUUCUCAUUGCCUGGUGCUAUGAAGCUGCAUAACUUGAUCUUUAAACUGAAGAAAUGGAUCAAAGUGAUGGAGACUAGAUCUAAGCUGCUACCAAAAUUCUUCUUAAUUGAAGAGUACUGCCGUUUCCUGAGCAAUUUCUCCUCCAGCACAGCAGAUGUUGAGCUUCCGGGUGAAUACUUGACACCACGACACAGUCACUACAGUGUCAAGAUAGCUCGCUUCAUGCCGAGGGUAGAAAUAGUCCAUAAACACAACACAGCAGCUAGAAGGCUGUAUAUCAGAGGCAGUAAUGGCAAGAUCUAUCCUUACCUGGUGGUCAAUGACGCAUCUAUGGGUGAAUCUAGGCGAGAGGAACGUGUACUACAGCUACUCAGAAUGCUCAACAUCUUCCUGGCCAAGAGAAAGGAGACGGCCAAGAGGCAGCUACAGUUUACAGUUCCCAAGGUGGUAGCUGUAUCUCCUCAGAUGAGACUGAUUGAAGAUACUCCAUCGUCAUUAUCUCUACUAGACAUCUACAAACAGCGUUGUGCCAAGCACCAGGUAGAGUAUGAUGCACCAAUCAAUCGUUACUAUGAGCGCUUAGCAACGGUGCAGUCCCGUGGCUCUCAGGCCAGUCAUCAGGUACUGCGUGAUGUCUUGAAGGAAGUACAGACUAAUACAGUACCUAAAGGCAUGCUGAAGGAAUGGGUGGUACAGACAUUCCCUGAUGCUACUGACUACUUUGCAUUCCGUAAGAUGUUCACCACCCAGCUAGCAUUGCUAGGAUUGGUGGAGUUUGUCAUGCAUCUGACACGUCUGAAUCCUGAGAUCAUUCAAGUGGAACGAAACUCGGGACUUCUCUCCAUCUUCUACUUCAGAUUUGACAUGGAUGAUGCUACAGGUGAGCUAGAUGCCAAUCGUCCAGUGCCAUUCCGUUUGACACCCAACAUAGCUGAGUUUCUGACUACUGUAGGAGUCAAUGGAGUCCUGACAGCCUGUAUGAUAGCAUCAGCUCGAUGCUUUGUACAGCCUUCAUUACAGACACCAUCACUACUACGAGCCAUCCUCAGAGAUGAAAUGAUCGCUUGGGACAAAAAGCAAAAGCAAGAUGACGCUAGUGGUCCUGGGUCCCAACCAUCUAACAUGGACAGUGAAGUACUCAUAUCAACUGUCAAUAAAGCUGCUAGUGCCAUCAUGACAAGACUACAGAACUUGGCCCAGUUUGAAGGAGGUGAGAGUAAAGUGAGUACGUUAGUUGCAGCAGCUAACAGUCCAGACAACCUAUGUCGCAUGGAUCCUGCGUGGCAUCCAUGGUUGUAAUAGCAGCCAUCCAUGCCUGGCCCCUCAGUCUAGUCACUAGUAGCAGCUACAUGUAACAGUCCAGACAACCUAUGUCGUAUGGAUCCUGCAUGGCAUCCAUGGUUGUUAUAGCAGCCGUCCAUGCCUGGCCCCUCAGUCUAGUCACUAGUAGCAGCUACAUGUAACAGUCCAGACAACCUAUGUCGUAUGGAUCCUGCGUGGCAUCCAUGGUUGUUAUAGCAGCCAUCCAUGCCUGGCCCCUCAGUCUAGUCACUAGUAGCAGCUAACAGUCCAGACAACCUAUGUCGUAUGGAUCCUGCGUGGCAUCCAUGGUUGUAAAUAGCAGAUCAUCAGGAAAGUUGUCUGAGUUCCAGAAGGAAGAGACACUUCACUGGCCGUGACAUUUAAUGUUUAAUCGAAUUUGCCGAAGUUAGUUUGUAUGUUUGAUUUUUUUUUUUUAUGUUUUUUUUUUUUUAAUUUUCAAGAUUCUAUCAAGAUAUGCAAACUGUAAUAGACAGGCAUGCAACUGAUUUCCUUGUUGUUCACUUCACACUUAUGCCAUUAUAAACAUUGAAAAACGCUGUAUAAAGUCUUGUAAAGCUUGGAAUGUCCUGUUUGUUUGGUUACUUGGUUGCAUGCCUUAAUAGAUAUGUGUCUGUUUGAUAUCAGUCUAGCUCUGAGUAAUACAUUGUAAGGAGUCAUAGAAAAUAUCUAGCAUGCUUCAAUUUACCAUGAUUGUAAGAAACAAGAUUUGGAAUAAACCAAAUUAACUUUAAGCAAAACAAGUGUCACUAUCAAAAUGUUGAUCAUACGAAUGAAGAGCUACUGGUGACUGACAUACAUAUGAAUGGAAGAUCAAUUUACAAAGUCAUUCAUUAUUUUACACAAUUAAAUAUUGUCAUUCAACAUUGAUAAAUUCUUUCAUCUUGUUUUAUUUUGUACAUUGGACAUUGUAACCUUUGACUUAUUUCUACUUGACAUUGAUGUCACAAUUCUUCAGCUUCUGCAAAAAAGGUGUACACGUAUAUAAUACAGCGCUGCCACUCAGUUUGACAUAACAGUCAAGUUGCAGUGAUUGUGAUGUCCUGAACAUUAUAUGGAUAUAAUCAAUCAUCAAGAUGAUGAUUGCCUGGGAUAUGCCACCAGGGUUUAUCAACAAGCAAUGCUGAUGCCACACUCCCAGUAGUACAUUCAUGUAUAUAUCAGAGCGAUUCCAGUGCUUUACAUGCCAUGGAAGCUAGUAUUUGGUUUGUUUACAGCCCUUUGGCAGUAUGCAGGAAUUUCCAUGGAAUGUCCUCAUUUCUUUUUCAAAAUUACAGUCCUUUUUUUUGGGGGGGGGGGGUAGUUUUGACCAACUAGUAAUUUUCAGUUGGACUGUAUCAUUUAGUGCAUCCAUUUAGGUAGUUAUUAAGUGGUAAUAUUUUUGUAACAGAUUCUCAGAGCGUCUUUAAUGUGUGUUUAUUAUAUUUGUUAAAGCACAUGGGCCCACAUAACUACAGCACCUGUAUGGAUGCACUGCAGUAGAGUUACAAGUCAACAAUGAUUUUUUUUCUGUAUUUCAGUUGCUACAUGUACUUUGAUGUAAUGUGUGUGUUUUUGAUUAUAGAUUUCAUGUAACCAUGGUAACUUGAGCAGUAGGAUUUGGCAUAGUUGGGUUUCUGUAUAUCAAUACAUUUUGCCUUGACAUUUUGCAUGUAGCUAGCCAAUAUAUUCGCUCCAAAUGGCGCCCACUUGAGAUAAUCGGCACAUCAGCUCAGCAUUCAUAUGCAUUGCUCUAUUUCUUCUAAUUUAGGUAAAUAACUUUGUCGUCAUAGUGUAAUGUAGUGGGGGAAAUUAUAACUUAUUCAUGAAUUUCUCAUGUUCAGUUUUGUACUCUCAAUUACUUCUCAAUGUAUAUUGUCCACUCAGUCUAGCUAUAAUGCUGCUAGCAUGCAGCGGUAUCUGCCUAUUGCUGGCAGUUAAUUGGACAUGUUACUGAGGGUUAGUGGACUGCUGUACAAGUCUGUAUUAUGUGCAGACACUUGUUUAAUAGGGUUGUUUUUUUCUUGUAAUAUACAACUGUUUUGUUAUUCCUUGUGUACUUGUGAACGAAGUAGUAUAGUGUUGGCAGCUUUGUAGUUUUGCCAGGAUGAUGGAUCACUGUUUUAUCUGCUGCAAGAUGUGUUGAAUUCAAAGAGCUAGAGCUACAUGUAGGUUUGCUCCUCUUACAUAUGAGCAGAUUGUAAAUAAGAAUGUGAGCGAUUUCUAUAACUUCAUGUCCACAGUUGUGGACAUUGCAACAAAAAUAUGGCAGAAUAUUUUUUUAAGGUUUGUUUUAAUGUAUGUGGAUCAAACUUAGGCAAAGCUGCACAGCAUAAACAAGCUAGUUUGCUGCGUUGGGUCUGAAAAAGAAACGUGUGUACAAAGGCAGCAGUUUUGUUUUUAAAGUGAAUGGAUAAUUUUGUUUUUAAAGUAAAAUGAAAUAAUGUUUAAGUGUUAUGAAAACAUACAGAGUACAUGUACAACACACCAAUGGAUGAAUCUAGAUUGACCACAAUUAGUACAAUUCAGGAUUGUUAAACAAAAACAAAAUGUUGACCCAUGUUUGUUUGUUCUUGUGACUUAGUUGACUUGUAAAUUUGCUUUAGAACCAUAACAUCAAGCCUGUAUUUUAAAUGAAUUUUUGUAAGCAAUAUGUCAUGAUCUGAAAGAAUAAACAAUGCUGAUACUAAUAAUUAA